AUGCUCGAUGCCCUCGUCCAGGCAACCUUUGACGAUGAUGUCUUUCGGGAGGAUACAUCGACCCAACAGCUGGAAGCAGCCGUAGCGCAGAUGGCCGGCUGCGAAGACGCUUGCUUUGCCUUAACCGGUACUAUGGCAAACCAGAUUGCCCUGCGCGUGCUGUUCGAACAACCGCCCUACUCACUGCUGACCGACAAGCGCGCCCACAUCGUCAACUUUGAAGCCGGCGGCACAGCAUAUCUCACGGGUGCAAUGAUCCAAGCCGUCAUGCCUGCAAAUAAUUUGUACCUGACACUGGAGGAUAUUCAGCCCCGGGCGAUCAUAACGGACGACGUGCAAAAGGCGCCGACGAAGGUAAUUUCGCUGGAGAACACCGCCCACGGGGCGAUCACUCCGCUGGCAGAAAUGCGCCGAAUCUGCACUUGGGCGCGAAAACACGAGAUUCGACUACAUCUGGAUGGUGCGCGUCUUUUUCAGACCGUCGCUGCAGGGGCGGGUACCAUGCGCGACUAUUGUAGCUUAUUCGACACGGUGAUUUUGGAUUUUUCGAAAAAUCUGGGCGCGCCGAUCGGCACUAUGGUUCUCGGCACGCGGGCGCUGAUCACCCGCGCGAGACGAAUUCGAAAAGCACUUGGGGGAGGCUUGCGCCCGACCGGUGUUAUCACUGUGAUGAUGCGCGCUGCGAUCGACGAGAAUUUUGGGUGGGAGGGACGCGGCGAGCGGGCGGAUGGACUCCGCGCGUCGCACCGCAUGGCUAAGAGACUGGGUAAUGAAUGGCAGCAACGGAAAGGGAAGUUAACUCGCGAUGUGGAAACCAAUAUAGUGUGGUUGGAUAUUCGGUCUGCAGGGUAUUCUGCAGAUGCUUUUGCUGAAGUUGGGGCUAGAUACGGCGUUAAACUAGACGGUCCGCGCUUGGUGAUCCAUUAUCAGAUCAACGAGGAUGCUGUGCAGCGGCUUUUGUUAAUAUUUGAUGAAUGUUUAGUAGCUGGAAGAGCACGUCUAUGA